UUCUCCCAAUACGGAAACAAAUCAAUCAAAGGUUUCGAACCUUCUCUUACAACUCGAAGCUCAACGUUUCUACUCGCGGGAAUUUGAGCAAUGGGUCGAAGGAAAUCUAAGCCAAAUCGUUCGGUAGGAAUUUUGGAAGGAGAAGUUCCUAAUGGGCAAUUAAACGGAAAAACGGAUGCUGAAACUGCAAAAAAAGAUGAGUCUUUUGAAGUCGACGUGCCAUUUUUUGUUGAAAUUGAUAGGUCUAAUUGGUUAUCUGAUGAACAUAUGGAUAUUUCUGAAAUUGUUUUAUCUGACUUGAAUGUUAGUGAAGAGUUUGGUCAUUAUGUAUUAGAUGAGGAGUUUUGCCGGGAUUCGAGGUAUAUGUUGAGGUUUAGGGUGAGUAAUGUUAAUGAGUAUCUUAGUAGGAUAAAGUUAGGUCAUUGGCCUGUAUUAUCUGCUAGUAGUAUAUGUUUGGAAAUUGUAGUGAAAAAGGAGGAGGAGGGUUUGGAGGAAAAUGUUGUGUUGGUGGAGGGAAAUUUCGAUGGACCUGAUGAAGGUAUAUCAGGGCUAGUCCAUUUGGCUAGUUUGAAAUUCUUGACGUUGAGGCUUGUUACGGGGCAUAUUGUUCCAAGUUGUUUAGCAUCUAUACGGUUGAGGGUGGAGAUUUUAAAAAGUGCAUUUGACGCGUGUGAGUCACUUCUUGAUACAUCCAGACAGCUAUGGAAAAAGAGCAUGAUGCAUGUGAUGGCUUGGCUACGUCCAGAGGUUGUGACUUCAGAGGCUAGAUAUGGAUACGAGGUGGCAGCGCAUUCGGAUGUUGGUCUAGCUUCAGGGCUGGCUGAAAGUUCUGCUUCAAGGAAAUGUUCUAGGUUUGAUGUAGCUAGUUUCUAUGAAGCUAUUAAGCCAUCAAAGGAGGAGCCAAUGCUGGAUGAUAACCUCCCUGGUUUGCUUCCUAAGCUUAGACCUUACCAGCGUCGUGCAGCUUAUUGGAUGGUGCGGAGGGAGAAAAGAAAUUUUGAUGGCUCUUUGCAAAGCAAAACAAAUCACUUUAUUUCUCCUAUAUGUAUGCGACUGAGUUUAAUUGACACCUCUAUGACAAUAUAUUACAAUCCAUUUUGUGGAAAUGUAUCCUUGCAUCCAGAGAUCCCCCCACCAGUUGUUCCUGGUGGUAUUUUAGCUGAUGAGAUGGGGCUGGGAAAAACUGUUGAGCUGCUUGCUUGUAUCUUUGGACAUCAGGUGCCAUCAUCUUGUGUUGGCAAUUUUACUGGUGAAUUGCUGUGUGAUGAGGGUCAGAAAAAUAGUCUGAAAAGACUGAAAAGAGAGCGUGUUGAGUGUAUAUGUGGUUCUGUGAGUGAAAGCAUCAGAUAUAAAGGAUUGUGGGUUCAGUGUGAUGUUUGUGAUGCGUGGCUACAUGCAGAUUGUGUCGGCUACUCUCCUAAAAAGAAAUAUGCAAAAUGCGAAGCAAUCUUAAAUGGACAGCAGUCAACUGUCAAUAUGUGCAAGCGAGCUAAACGCAAAAACAAUGUUAAAAUAGUUGAGAUGGAAGGCGGCUAUAUCUGCGAACAGUGCUCAGAACUGAUCCAAGCUACUGUAGCGCCGGUUGCCACAGGUGCAACUCUUAUAGUGUGUCCAGCUCCUAUAUUGCCCCAGUGGCAUGCUGAAAUUGUUCGUCAUACAAAUCCUGGUGCGCUGAAAACAUGCAUUUAUGAAGGCGUGGGGACUAGCUCUUUAUCACAGACGCCCUUGCCAGAUAUAAAUGAGCUUCUUAGUGCCGACAUCGUUUUGACAACUUAUGACGUACUGAAAGAGGACUUAUCACACGACUCUGACAGGCAUGAAGGUGAUCGUCGAGCUAUGAGAUUUGAGAAAAGAUAUCCUGUUAUACCUACUCUACUAACCAGAAUAUUAUGGUGGAGGAUAUGUCUGGAUGAAGCUCAAAUGGUGGAGACUAAUGCUGCUGCUGCAACUGAAAUGGCACUAAGACUACAUGGAGUUCAUCGGUGGUGCAUUACAGGGACUCCCAUACAAAGGAAACUUGAUGACUUGUUUGGUCUUUUGAGAUUCCUCAAUGCAAGUCCUUUUAAUAUUUUUAGGUGGUGGACCGAUAUUAUACGUGAUCCUUAUGAGAAGGGAGAUUCCAGAGCGAUGGCUUUCACACAUGAUUUCUUUAAGCACCUAAUGUGGAGGUCAUCAAAGAUGAAUGUUGCUGAUGAACUGCAGCUUCCGCCUCAAGAAGAGUGUGUCUCUUGGCUUUCUCUUUCACCAAUUGAAGAGCACUUUUAUCAAAGGCAGCAUGAGACUUGUGUGAAUGACGCUCGUGAGCUUAUUGAAAGUUUCAAAAAUGAUAUAUACAAGAGAAAAGCACCUGGUUUCCAGUUGGAGGACGCUGCAUCAGAUGUUGUUAUCACAAAUAUAGAGGCUGCCAAGCUCUUUAACUCACUUCUAAAACUACGCCAAGCCUGUUGCCACCCCCAGGUGGGGAGUUCUGGGUUGCGAUCACUACAACAGUCUCCCAUGACUAUGGAGGAGAUUCUGUCGGUUCUGGUGACUAAGACUAAGGUAGAAGGAGAGGAAGCCCUCCGGAGAUUAGUUGUUGCAUUAAAUGCACUGGCCGGUAUUGCUAUAAUUAAUCAAAAUUAUUCUCAAGCCGUAUCAUUGUACCAAGAAGCACUCGCUUUAGCAGAAGACCAUUCCGAGGAUUUCCGGUUGGAUCCCUUGUUAAACAUUCAUAUUACUCAUAAUCUUGCUGAGAUACUCCCACUCACUUCUGACAGUUCGAAAAAGCUUGAAUCUGCACCUGGAAGCCCUAGAGAUAAAGUAUCCAACAUGGAAGAUGCUGGACAAAGUGAUAAAGGUGCUCUACACGGGGAAGACAAAAUUAAGGAAGAAAGCAUUUUAGUCGCUAGCUCUUGCGAUCCAUCCAACUUAAUGUCAAAUUCACUGGCAAAAGAUUAUGUUGACGAAAAAUCUGAGACUAAGUUAAAGUUGUCCACAUGUACAAGUUAUGAAUCAUUGAGAACAGCAUGUGAAAAUUUGAAGAAAAAAUUCUUAUCCGUGUUUAGUUUGAAGCUGGCAGGGGCCCAACAAGAGUUCAAAAAGUCAUAUGAUCAGGUAUGUAACGCAUUUAGUGAUAGAAAGAACCAGUAUUCUGCUUGGUGGUUGGAAGUUUUACAUCAUAUUGAGCAAAACAAGGACUCCUCAAAUGAAUUGAUCAGGAAAAUAGGAGAAGCUGUGUCUGGGACGCUAAACACCUCUAGGGCAUCAAAAGUUGCUUCCUGUUUCCGCAGCAUAACUGCUUUGAAGAUUUAUAUUCAGAGUGGCUUAGAUUCAUUGGAAAGUUCAAGGGAAUCUUUACUUGUUAAGCUUUUUGAAAUUGACAAGACAAUGGGCAAUCCUAGGAAGGGNGCGGAUACAGGCAUUUUCCAUCUUUAUCCUGUGGAUGUUAAUCUUUCACAGGGUUUGGUUCAAUCUAAACAAAAUAAUCAUUGUGCAAGUAGUGAAAAUUCAACUAUAGCUCAAGCCACAAUGGACUCACCGGCCCAUGCAGAAGAAAAAACGGAAUACCAAGCUAGAACAGAGGAACAUACAUGCCCUGUUUGUCAAGAGAAGCUCAAUAACCAAAAGAUGGUUUUCCAAUGUGGGCAUGUCAUUUGUUGUAAAUGUCUGUUUGCAAUGACAGAGAAAAGAUUAGCCCUCCAUGGGAAGCCUCAAGUUAACUGGUUAAUGUGCCCAACUUGUAGACAGCAUACUGACUGCAGGAAUAUUGCUUAUGCUGAUGACAGUCAGAAUAAGUCUUAUCCAUCUUCUUCUAUUGUCUCUGAAAAUUCUGAAGCAUCUGUAAAUGUCCGAGGUUCAUAUAGCACAAAGAUUGAAGCUGUCACCAGGAGAAUUUUAUGGAUCACUUCCUCGAACCUAGCAGCAAAGGUUCUAGUCUUUAGCAGUUGGAAUGACGUGCUUGAUGUGUUAGAGCAUGCGUUUGCAGCUAACAACAUAACUUUUGUGCGGAUGAAAGGAGGAAGGUAAUAAUUUGCUUGUAGUCAUUCUU